AAAGUCAGUCUUUUUUUUCGUGUUUCCUUCAAAAUAAUGACUCGGUACCGAUACGAGUGGCAACUCUAGCUCUCUCAUGAAAUGGCUGAAAGACGAAGUGGUACUAUUCUACUGAGUGUAGCGUUUGAUCUGCGGCUGCCAAAUGUCGCAUAGGCCCUAGCGCUGUUCUUUGCGGACCAGGUGCGAAAAGUAGUAGCAUCAGCAAUUCUCGCCGCUGUUUGUUUGUUUUGUACAAACGCCGGGCAAACCGGUAUACUCCCACCAAAUGGAUAGGGAAAAGGUCACCGCCGAUAGUCCUGAAAAUGGCGAGGGAGAAGCAAGCGGAAGCGAAAUGGAUCCUGAUGCACCUCGUAUGCGUGUCGGUGAUGAAUACCAAGCCGAAAUCCCAGAUAUGCUCACACUGGAACAACGAGUCGCUGAAAGUAGUACAAACAACGUAGAGAAAAACGAGCCGCACGUUCAACAUUGGGAUCCUGCGGCCAACCUCACUGAACAGCAGCUAACAGACUACAUAGAUUUAGCCAAAAACAAGUACUCGUACAACGUGGAGCAAGCAAUGGGAAUGCUGUACUAUCAUGGCCACAGUAUCGACGCAGCCCUGCAGGAUCUGCAAAACUUCACUCCGUUCCCGUCCGAAUGGACGGCGGAGGAGGAGGUGAUAUUCCAGCAGGCGUUCAAGAGCCACGGGAAGAGUUUCCGUCGAAUUCGCUCCAUGCUCACACAGAAGAGCAUUCCAGAGCUGGUUCAUUACUAUUACAGAUGGAAACAAGCACGCGCUCAGCGAAGCUUGAUUGACAGAAAACUUAAUCACGAGGAAGAUUCUGAAGGUGAAGAGGAGGAAGGGGAGGGUGCUGCUUCGGACUCCGGCGACAGCGAAUUUGAACCGAGCAAGGAAACUAACAGGCGGAUCGGUAAGGCCAAGCAAACCAACUUGCCGCCCUACGAGGCUCCUUCGAAGAAGAGAAUGCGACUUCCGAAAGGCAUGUAUUUAGACGCGAACAAGCUCACUCAGAUUGGACUUGCCGACAUGAAAGCUGGAGGCCACGAUCCUGAUGCUGAUAUCAUCGCACUGCAAAAGCUUUCUGCCGAGAUAGUACGGCAGCGUGAGAAAAUCCAGCAGAGCAAGCAAAGCCUAAGAGAACUAGAAGGUCACCAGCAGAGUGUGGAACACUUGCGCGUGGAAAUGCCUGCCAAUCGUCCCAGCGCGCGGUGGACUUCAACAGACAUGGAAAUGGCUGUGCAGAGUGUCCGCCACUACGGAAAAGACUUCGAGGCAAUGGCUGCCAUUAUUGGAACGAAAAAUCCCACCCAGUGCCGCAAUUACUUCCUAAACCAUCACAACCGGCUCAAUUUUGACCGGGCUUACGAAGAGUACAAGAACGAACAAAACAUUUCGGAAAGACAAGAAAACGGGGGAGAGCCUAUGGAUGAGCAAGUUGCUGUGGCCCUUGAAGCAAAUGAGGAAGUACCUGAUGACACCAGCAGCAGCAGCGCAAGACAAGAUAAGGUUGGUGAGCAUGGUGAGGAAGUGGCAGCCGUAAUGCUAGAGAGAUAGAUGGGCGACGCUCUCCUGCUAGAUGACUUGAUAUGAACUUACUGCCUUCCUUGUGGGUUCUUCAAUAUAAGUUCGCAUGUGGCUAUUUAUAUCUCCGGCUCACUGCUGGAGUGCUGACCAUGACAUGUGUGGGAAGCCCAAACAGCAUGCCACCAUCUUAUGUAUCUUGUCCAUGGCUGUUGUGUCCAUGCAACGGUGUGCGUGGGAUAAUGCGCUGUAAUGUACUGUGGAGUAUCCCGUCGCACGACAAUGCUACUCUGGCAAGUUGUUGUUUUCUUUGCAUAGCUAGUCAGAGCAAGGACAAGGACUCUUGAUGUGUAGUCGCUGGUGUAAAUCGUCCUCGUGUAGAUGCCUUGUCCACUGUAUUACUGAACGUGUGCUGCUGUUUGGAUACCUAGUCUCGUUCAUCACCUUGCAGAGCUUUAGAAAAGAUUUCCGUAUGAUAGACAUAAGUUCACAGCAGCCCUAUAUAUAUAUUUUGUACAGCAAAACACGUAUCUUUGUGUGAACAUCUGGUAUAUUCAGUAUUAGGCACUUAGCUGCGCCGUUCAAUAUUCUCAUCCAGUUGCCUUGCUUUUAAAGACUGCUUCAAUGAUUGCCUGCUCUUCUGUUUGGAUGCAUAUCACCUGUACAUGUAUUUGAUUUUUCACUUCAAAGUACAUAUGCAGCAGUACGCAACCUUUGGGCACUAUGAUCUCAAAAUAAGCUGCAUGUACUAACUA